AUGGACAAAAACGAAGAAGAAAUUCUUAAACUUAAAAAAAUCGCUACUCUUCUUAAAAAAGAAUACAACAAAAUCAAAGAAGAAAACGAACUUCUCAAAAAAAACAACUAUCAAAAUAAAGAACAGAAAUAUGAACAUUCAGAAGAAAAUUAUGAACAAGCUAGCGAAAAAUGUGAGAAUUUAGAUGAAAAUUAUGAACAGCAGUCAGGUGAAAAAGACGACUCUUUUGUUGAAAAUAGCUUGGAUAAAACGAAAUGUAUAAAAAACAAUGAGAUUUUGAUGAGUAGAUUGAAGAAUGAGAUGAAUAGAAGAAUAAUAUUAGAAAAGAAUUAUAAGAAAUUGAAAGAGUUUACUAUAAUAUUAGAAGAAAAAUAUCGAAAUGAGAAAAAUGUGAGCAAAGAGAAGUGUAAGGAUAUGGAGGAAAAAUUGGAAGAAUGUAAUAAGAAUUUAAAUAAAUAUAAAAAUGAGAAUGAGUUAUUAAUAGAUAAGAUAAAAGAGAAGGAUAUAAUAAUAUAUAAAUUAAAUAAAAAGAUAGAAGAAAUACGUAUAUAUUUAAAAGGUGAUAAGAAUAUAAAUUUAAUAGAGAAUCAGAUAGAUGAGAUGAUUGGAUAUAAAUUAGAAAUAAAAAAAUUAAAAGAUAAUUUAGAAAUAUGUAAAAAGACUGAAGAGAUAACAAUAAAAGAAAGACAUCAAUAUAAGAGUAUGAUUAUGUUAUGUUCUCAAUAUAAAGAGAAAUGUAAAAAAAUACCUACAUUAGAAAGUAAAAUAGAUAUUUUAGAAAGUGAAAUAAAAGAAUUACAAUUAUAUAAAAUAAAAGAUACAGAAAAUAAACAAGUAGUAAAAGAAUUAAAAGAUGAAAUAUUAAAUUAUCAAAUCGAAAAUAAUAAAUUGAAUGAACAAAUAAAUGAAUGGAAAAAUUUCUCAAAAUUAUAUAUAAAUAAUAAUACAAUAGAUAUAGAUAAUUUAAAAAAAACAAUGAAUGAUAUACAUAAUAAAUACAAUCAAGUGAAUUUAAAAAAAACAGAUUUAGAAGUGAAGUAUAAAAAAUUGUCUAUGGAUAUGCAGAUACAAAAUAAUCAUUUGAAUGAUAAAAUAUUGGAAUUAAAAAUUAUGCACAAUAAAAAUAAGCAAUUGGAAAAAAAAUUUGAAUUUAUUAAGAUGGAUUAUAUGUAUCAAAUAGGUAAGUAUAAGGAUAAACAAAAGAAAAACGACAACUUGCAAGUGUCUCAAAAGAAUGAAAAUGAUAAGGAUAGAGAUAAUCAAAAUAAUAAUGAUAGGGAUAAUCAAAAUAAUAAUGAUAGAUAUAAUUUUAGAGAUAAUUAUAGUGAUAAUAAUCAUAAGAAGGAGAAUAAAGUUGAACAACCUAACAAUGAUGAUUAUCAUAAUAAUGAUGAUUCUACCUUGCUACAAAAUUACAAAUUUAAAUAUGAAUUAAUCGAAAAAGAUAAUGAGGAAAAAGAAAAACUAAUCCAAGAAUUAAACGAAAAAUUAGAAAAAUAUAAAAACGAAUAUGAUCAAUUUAUUUUGAAGCAAAAAAAUAUAGAAUUAUGUUCACAAGAAUUAUUAUUAUAUGAAAAAGAGAUAACCUAUUUAAAGGAAGAAAUUGAAAAUUAUAAAAAUAAAAUAGUAAUAUUACAGAAUGAUAUUAUACAUGUCAAUAAUCAAUGGUCUGAUGAUAAUAAGAAAAAUGAAAUGUCAAUAAAAGAGUUGAAACAAGUUAUCAAGCAAAUGCAGCUAGAUACAAAAAUUAAUAUAAAUAGUAGUAAGAAUGAAAUAAUGAAUAAUAUAAAAAGUGAUAAUAUAAAAAGUGAUAAUAUAUCAAAUGAUAAUAUAUCAAGUGAUAACAUAAAAAGUGAUAAUAUAAAAAGUGAGAAUAUACCAAAUAAUAAUAUAUCAAGUGAUAAUGUUGUUUACUCAAAUAAUUCUAGAUAUUCAAAUAAAUAUGCAGAUGAAGGAAAGAGAAGACCAGAAUUUUUUAACCCAUAUGAUAAAGAUUUAUAUAAUCUUUUAUAUACAAAUUUUGAUGAUACAAAAAAUAUGGAACAUGUAGAAUUAAUAAUGUUGAAAAAUGAAAAUCUAUAUUUAAAAUCAAAAGUAGAAAUUAUCAAAUUAUUUUAUUCUAAUCAAAUAAAAACAUUUAGAGAAGCUUUCUUAUAUAUUUUAGGAUGGGAUAUACAAAUAGAACAGAGCGAUGAAGAAAUAUUUUUUAUAUUAACAUCUUUAUUUUCUACACAUGAUGGUAAAUUUAUUUUUAUAAAAAAAAAAUCUAAUAAUGAAAAGCAAGAGGAAUAUAAAACAAAACUCUUGCCAACUAAGAGAAAUAUUAAUGAUAUUAUUCAGAAUGAUGAACAUGUAGUAAAAAAAGAAAAAGUAAAUGAUAAUUAUGAACUAUAUGAUAAUCCAAGUGACAAUCCAUAUUCAAAUAAUAUAAAUGAUAAUAAAGAUCAAGAUAAAGAAAGUGAUAACAAAAACGAUAUGGAUAUUAAUAAAUUAAAUUCUAAUAAUUUUGAAGAAGAUUUACAUUUUUAUGAAGAUAUUAUGGAUGAAAAAAAUGAAAUCAAUACAGAUAAAAUACUUCAAAAAACAAAUAUAGAAAAUACAAAUAUUAAUAUGUCCACUAUUAUGAAGGGUUCUAAAUAUAAUUUAUUAUUAAAUGGAUAUUAUAGUAUUAAAUGGAAAGAAAAUAUUGAAUGGAAAAAUUAUCUCAAUAAAAUUAAUGCAUAUCCUAUUUUGUUAUCACUAUCAUCUAUAGAAGAAUAUAAUAAUAUUAAAUCACAAUAUAAUAAUAAUCUUGGUAAAAACUUUAAAGGUAUGUUAUUCAAAAUAUGA